AUGUCUCUCCUAGAAAUUGGUCAUUUAUGGCACGCGGGAAGGGCUCGUGCAGCUGCAACAAGAUUUGAAAAAGGAAUUGAUCUUGAUUUUGAAAGGUCAAUUGUGAUUUUGAACCUCAUCGGACUUCCACAAUCCAUGGUUGACGCUGAGCAGCAUGUCAUGACUAUCCAAGCUAAAUAUGAAAUGGUGAAGAACCUAUUCAAGUUGGAAUGA